AUGCGCUCUUUCCGCUCGCUUCAUCUCCUGUUGCUGGCCGCAUCUGCCAUAACGGCUGACGCAGUUCCUGCCGGAUCCAGCAUCACUCCUCCACCACCGGUUGAGCCUGUUUCGCUAUUGUCAUCACAUUCUAACCCCCAACGACCAUGGACUCGCCUUCGAAACUGGGUGAUCGAAUCGAUUUGGGGGAUCCCCAAAUCACAAACAUCCCGCCCUACUGCCCAUGAUUAUUCUGCUCCUCUCCAAGGCUCCACCCGAUACGGAAGUGACGUCGUUCUCCGAUUCCGAGUACAAGGUCUCGAUGAGGCAGAGGCGCUGACAGAGGCGACCAACAUCCUUUUCCUGGAUGUUUGGGCAUCAACAACGGAGUUUGUCGACAUUAGACUCGCGAAGGAAGUUAUACCUUCCUUACUCGGCUUAUUGCCCGACUCCCUUCAGACUGCCUACGUGCCCCUUAUUGAUAACCUGCCGGAGGCUAUCUCUGCUACAUACCCCGCUCGCCGGUCCCUUGGACUCAAUGACCAAUUUAUGCCUAGCCCGUCCACUCGUGCGCCCGAUCUUUUCUUUGAAGACUAUCAGCCGUUGUCGGUCAUUACACCCUGGAUGCAGCUGAUGGCGUCCAUGUUCUCUUCGCACGCCCGAAUGAUUAACGUUGGCGUCUCUUACGAGGGCCGUCAAAUCCCCGCUCUACGACUGGGACGCAGUUCCCAACCGGGCGAAUCUCGUCCAAUGAUUCUCAUAGUUGGCGGAAAUCAUGCGCGAGAAUGGAUUAGUACGUCUACUGUCGCGUACAUUGCGUACAAUUUGAUGACUAGGUAUGGAUCAUCUGCCGCCGUCACGAGUUUGUUACAGGACUACGAUUGGGUCCUGGUUCCAACGGUCAAUCCAGAUGGAUACGUUUAUACUUGGGAUUCCGACCGUCUUUGGCGCAAGAACCGACAGCCAACUAGUUUCCGAUUCUGCCCUGGUAUUGACUUGGACCGGUCAUGGUCUUUUGAAUGGGACGGCAAUCAGACGCAGACGAACCCAUGCUCCGAGAAUUAUGCGGGAGAAGAGCCGUUUGAAGGCGUUGAGGCACAACAGCUGGCGGAAUGGGCACUCAACGAAACAGAGCAUAAUAACGCGCGAUUUGUCGGCUUCCUUGACUUCCACUCCUACGCACAGCAAAUCCUCUAUCCGUAUACAUAUUCCUGCUCAUCAGUCCCACCAACCUUGGAAAGCCUAGAGGAGCUCGGCCUCGGCCUGGCUAAAGUCAUCCGGCUAACAACACACGAGAUUUACGAUGUCACCUCUGCAUGCGAAGGUGUCGUAAUACCGGCCAGUGGUGACAAGUCGGCAAAGAGCCUCUUCCCUGUAGGAGGUAGUUCUGGCGGCAGCGGACUUGACUGGUUCUAUCAUCAGCUUCGAACCCGCUAUGCCUACCAGAUCAAGCUGCGCGAUCGCGGCAGCUACGGGUUCCUCUUGCCGUCUGAAUACAUAGUCCCCACAGGAACGGAAGCUUUUAACGCCGUUCUCAAACUCGGCCAAUUUCUUACAGAACAGGAUUAUCCCGGAAUCAGAAACAUAGAUUGGGAAUCUGAGUAUCAGGUUGGCGAUGAGACGCCAACCCAAGAAUCCACGGCCUUUACUGACGAGUCUCAUGAAGAAGAGGGCAAGGAUGUUACUGUGGAUACGGAUGAUGAAGAUGAUGAUUAUUAUGACAGGUGGGAGCCGCUGAAGUGGGAAGAUCAACGACCCCUCGGCUUCCGUCGACGUCGGUAAAACCACAAUGCCGAUAUUUUUACUAAAGUAGUUAGUAAAAUAGCUAUACAUGUUUGAAUAAUGAUGAUUAAUGAUUAGCAAUGAAUCUGACUGUCGAGCAUGAGUUGAUGCUCAGUUUCCUC